GGCCGCCGUUGCGCGGCGCAGAGCGGCAGCAAGAUGGCGGCGCAACAGCGGGACUGCGGGGGUGCUGCGCAGCUGGCGGGGCCGGCGGCGGAGGCUGACCCCCUAGGACGCUUCACGUGUCCCGUGUGCUUAGAGGUGUACGAGAAGCCGGUACAGGUGCCCUGCGGACACGUCUUUUGCUCUGCAUGCCUGCAGGAAUGUCUGAAGCCGAAGAAGCCUGUCUGUGGGGUGUGUCGCAGCGCUCUGGCACCUGGCGUCCGAGCCGUGGAGCUCGAGCGGCAGAUCGAGAGCACAGAGACUUCUUGCCAUGGCUGCCGUAAGAAUUUCUUCCUGUCCAAGAUCCGGUCCCACGUGGCUACUUGUUCCAAAUACCAGAAUUACAUCAUGGAAGGUGUGAAGGCCACCAUUAAGGAUGCAUCUCUUCAGCCAAGGAAUGUUCCAAACCGUUAUACCUUUCCUUGUCCUUACUGUCCUGAGAAGAACUUUGAUCAGGAAGGACUUGUGGAACACUGCAAAUUAUUCCAUAGCACGGAUACCAAAUCUGUGGUUUGUCCAAUAUGUGCCUCGAUGCCCUGGGGAGACCCCAACUACCGCAGCGCCAACUUCAGAGAGCACAUCCAGCGCCGGCACCGGUUUUCUUAUGACACUUUUGUGUGGUAACUACCCAAGCCAGAAACCUGGGAGGCCUCUUCCUCCCUCACAUCCGUGCAGGCCACCUCUGUCUAAGUAUCAGCUGAGUCCU